AUGCGGGAAUUUACUUACAAAUUUGCUGAAGAAGUUAGAAACCAGACCCUCGGUGCUGUCACACCAGGCUGUGAUUUUACGGCCCGGCUAAGAGACAGUAUGGAAGCUAUUCUUCUCCCUAAUGCUCACAAGAUAGCAGAGAAUCGACUCUGCGUAGCUAUCACUAAAACCAAAAUGAGAGAAAAUUGCUUGGUUUUACAGUUUUCCUCCAGGAAGGACCUCAGUGAGGUCCUCCUAGCAAGCAGUUUUGUACCAGUUUACGCAUGACUGAAAGCAGUAGAAUGUAAAGGAGAGACUGCAUUCCUGCUUUCAUGUACCAAGGAUCAUUUCAGGUCCUUACAUCCUCAUAUAAAGCUGUGGAGGUUGUCUGUGACUAACCUGGUAAGACUCACUCAAGCGCUUUUCACAUGUCAGAAGUAAAUGGAAUCAUUAUAUCGAGACCAAUUCAGUGAUGCUGUGAAGUUUUUUAAAAAAGAAAACUGGUAA